GGAUUCGUCAGUGGAUGAUGAGAAUUCAGGUGAAUCUCCUCUAAUCUCGAUAUGGGGAGAAUAUACAGACUCUCCGGAAGGUUCUGUCCCAGUUGUAAUGGACACAAAAGUUCCCUGGUCAGACGAGGAGACACUCAAUCUGCUCGACAUCUGGGGGAAUGACUCGGUGCAGCGGGCUUUAAAGGGCUGCUUAAAAAACCGUCACAUAUUCACGCAGAUCGCACAAAAGAUGGCAGAGAGAGGCUACAUGAGAACAGUGGAACAGUGCCAGACCAGGAUCAAACGACUGAAGAAAUGCUUCCGCCACAACAAAGGGAACUCCAGGCUGGAGUAUAAAUUUUAUGAGCCGCUGGAGCGAAUACUCGGCUCCUCAGCUCCUUCAGCUGUUCCUGAGGUCACCUAUGAUGUUGAAGAGGUCAUCGAUGAAGAGGAGUCCCACGACGGUGAUGACGACAUGCAGUUUCUCGGCCAUACGAGCGGACUGGAAAUUGGAACUCGAAGCGUUCCAUGGACAGACUUGGAGACAUUGACCCUCAUCAACAUGUGGGGAGAAGACAAGUCGCAGCAGGAGCUGAGAGGAACGCACAGAAUGGGACACGUUUUCUCCAACAUAUCCAACAAGAUGGCCGCCCAGGGCUUCUCCCGAACCCCAGAGCAGUGCCAAACAAGGCUGAAAAGAGUGAAAUCAAGUUUCAGGCAGUGCUACCAAAACAACAUGAAGGGACAGGAGCGAGUUGAGUGCAAGUUUUACAAUGAGCUGGGAAGAAUUUUGGUGAAGGACUUCUCUUCGAUGCAGCAGUUGGAUGAAAUACCAGGAGAGGCUGAAGACAACGACUUUCCUUCCUUCUCCCAUCAGGAUAUCGAGUCUGCUGUGGGUGCUCAGGAUGACAGGAAGAAGGUUCCCUGGUCGGACAAAGAGACCAUUAUCCUUCUGGAGAUCUGGGGAGACCCACGGGCUCAGCAGAGCAUGAGACGUUACCCACACAAUGGUCACAUUUUCAACGAAAUAUCAGAGAAACUCAGCGCCAACGGCUACUCCCGCACCGCAGAGCAGUGCCACACCAGGAUCAAACGGCUGAAAGCCAACUACCGGCAGUGUCAGGAAAAUAUGAGCUCAUCUGGGACUGAUAGAGUCGACUUUAAAUUCUAUGAUCUGCUGGAACAAAUCCUCGACAAGCAGCCAUCAACAUCUUCCACUGUGGUAACGGACUCCAUCGAAAUAUCAGAAGACUCCAACGUUGAAUCAGUGACUGAAACAGAUGGAGAACUCAACAGCAUGUCAACAGAAAAACCAGCACCUAGCUCGUGGUCAGACGAGGAGACCCUGGCGCUUAUCCAGAUCUGGGGCGACGAAGACGUUCAGAGGGCGCUGAGAGGUUUUGUCCACAACGGACACGUUUAUGCCGACAUUUCUGAGAGAAUGGAAGACCUCGGCUACACAAAAACCUCGGAGCAGUGCCGCUGGAAAGUCAAGUCGCUAAGGAACAACUUUCGACAGUGCUACGACAAGAAGAAAUGUGGAAGAAGAGUAGAUUAUAAAUUCUACCAGCAGCUGGAACAAAUACUUGGACAGGAGGCAAUUUCUAUUGAUGAGUUCGAUGAAAGAGACGAUCAAGUAGAACAGGAUCCAGCAGGUGCAGAUACUGUGAACACAGCAUGGACGGAGCAGGAGACGGUCACUCUUGUUGAGCUGUGGGCUGCAGAUGACGUGCAGCACAGCCUGAAAACCUGUGUCCGCAACGGGCACAUAUUCGCCGACAUUGCAGAGAAAAUGAGUGCCAUGGGAUACCCGAGGACGACGGAGCAGUGCCACUCCCGGAUCAAGCGGUUGAAGAAGACUUACAGGCGUUACCUCAACACCCGGAGAAAUGGAGGGCGGCCCACGGUGUUUCGAUACUUUCACCUCCUGGCUCCAGUUCUCGGUGAUGACUCUGUGCAUGCUGAGGUGCACAGUAUUGCUGCAGACGUCCCCUUGCAACCCCUAAUGGACAAGGAUCCUGACAUUUACGAGCAGCCCUCAGCCGGACACCUCCUGGCCGACCUGAGCAGAAAGAUGCCCUGGUCGGACCAGGAGACUCGCACCCUGCUGGAGAUCUGGGGUGAAGACAACGUCCAGCUCACUUUGAGAGGCUGCCUGAAGAACCGUCACGUGUUUGUGUACAUCUCCGACAAGAUGAGCGACCGAGGAUUCAUAAGGACCUCAGAGCAGUGCUACUCCCGCAUUAAGCGCCUCAAACACGGCUUCCUCCAUGAAAAGGAGGAAUUUAAAUUUUUCAGCGAGAUGGAUGAAAUCUUCAGGAAGGAGCUGAAAGUGGACAGCUCAGACGCAGACACGUCUGUCGCAGAUGAGCUGGAUGACUUCCCACUAGUGCCUGGUCAGAAGAAAGGUACCCACUGGGUGGCUGACAGCUCUAAGCUGCCCUGGAGCGAUGGCGAGACCGAGGCCCUCCUGGACAUAUGGGGGAGCGAGGAGAUCCAGGAGAACUUGAAGGGCUGCACCAAGAACAAACACAUCUUCAUCCAGAUUUCUGAGGUCAUGGCCAGCCAGGGCUACAUGCGCACUCCUGAGCAGUGUCAGACCAGGAUAAAGAGGCUGAGGGUCAAUUUCCGACACUUCCUAGAAGGCAGAAAAGGAGACAAACAAGAAUGCAAGUUCUUUGAUCAGUUGGUACACAUAUUUGGUAGCAAGUAUGUAAUAAACUCCGACCCCCUGGCCGACGAAUCAGCUGAUGGCGUAGAGACCUGAAACUGUCCAUCAUUGUGAAACCAAGAGGACAGACUGACAGAGGAAUAUCCAGAAGAGAAAACAAAGACAUUCAUGCAGAAACUGUUUUAGUAAUGGCUGUGUGUUUCCAGAUGACAGAAGAGAGCCUGUUCAGGCUCACUCAGAUCUCCGUUUGCCUCUGUAUAUACUUCAAAUACUUUUACAUUCUUCAUACAUACAGACCUGCAGGCUGUAGUGGUGUUUGUGUGUGUGUGUGUGUCUGUGUGUGUCUGUGUGUGUGUGUGUGUGUGUGUGUGAGUCAGUGUGAGUCAGUGUGAGUGUUUUUCAUGUUCUUAUAUCCCGGUGGGGACUUUAACCUGAAUGCACACUAACCCAUGGAGACAAAAAUUGAGGUCUCCACAGGUAGAGACAGCUUUUCUAUGGUUAAAACAUUGUUUUAGGGUUCAGGUUACAGUUCAGGUGCUAGGGAAUGCAUUAUGUCCCCACAGGAAUAGUGGAACAUACAAGUGUGUUUAUGUGUUUGUGUGUCUGUGUGUGUUGUGUCCCUCUACCAGAGUGUCUUUGUGAUUAUUUCCAAUAGAGCCAUGACACUACUAAAACCAGGAAGCUCAGGAACCAAGGAACAAAAAUGGAUCUCUGAUCUUGACCUGGUGGGAGUUACACAAAAUCUUCCUCCAGAAGAUGUUUUUGCUAGUAUUUAAUUAUUUUGUACUUGGACUAAAAGUGAGUGAUUCAAAGCACAAGCAAAAACAUGCAAGGCCUCUAUUACUGUAACCACAGCGUACACGUGCUUUUUGUUCGUAAUUCAGGUCUCACUUGUUAACUCUUCAGUCUUUGCACUUGUUUAUAAUGUUCGAAAUCUAGGUGGUGAUGGUCUUAUUUUUUACAUGGUAUGAGUUGAUGUUGUCCAGAAUUUUAUUUAUUUAAGUUAUUUUUAAUGGAUGUAUUCCAAAGUUUUACAAUUUUCUUUAAAAGUAAUACCCUACAAACUUGAUUGAAGCACAUUUUUCCCCAAAAACAUGUAGAGGUUUUGUCACGUCAAUUAAAAGAAACUUGGAAUGUUUGAUUGAG